AUGCUGCAAAUCACGCUUGAGGAAGGGGAUGUGUUUUCGGCUUGGCUGUCCGCCAAGGAUGCGGGAGUGGAUGAUUCCGACAACAAGAUAAAUUAUGGUGGAAUGAUGCUACGCUCAUUAUUCGAGCAUUAUCAGCAUUGUGACAUGGGGGCAGAAGGUUCUGAAACAGCUCUAGCCACAGCUGGUUAUAUCUCCAUACCCGGGCAUACUCCCAUCAUUCUCUCUAACUGCUGUUAUUCUUUCAUGCAUUCUAGAGAGGUCAACGGUAGAACUGUGCUUCGUCUGUUAGUACGAGACGCGGCUAACGAAGCUGAGUCGGCCUGUUUGGCUAAGGAUCUUCCGGAAUGGAUAACAGCGGUUGUAGAGCGAAGUAUGUUGCCUAAAUUUACCAAGAUGCCGUUUUAUCUUCUCCCUCAUGCUAGUCUCAAUGUAAAGACGCCGAAGAAGGACCGCUUGUCGGCCACGGAAAUGCUGCAAGUGCGAAAAGUGAUGGAACAUGUGUAUGAAAAGAUUCUGAACAGUCCGGAAACAGCCAUGGGCGAGACUCCGAUGCCAGUGCAAAUCCCAACAAAUAUAGAGCAAAAAAUGGAACUGUAUUGCAAUGAUCAAAAACUUGACCCUGACAUGGAUUUGCGAUCAGUCAAACAUUUUGUCUGGAAACAAGGCGGUGAUCUACUUCUAUAUUAUAAGCCUCUAAAAUAG